CACUAGUCCAUAAUAAAGACUAAAUUGAAUAUGACUUAAAGACCAAAUAUAACUAAAUCUGCAAUUCUCAACUUGUUUCCAAUGCUUUCGGGAGAGUUCCAUAUCUGUUAUUCAUAAGAAGAAACGGAAACAGUGUUCUAAAUAUGUGUCAAAAUAUUUUCCUUUCACAAAUCAUCCACUUGUGUAUGUGUGUGUUAUGAGAGAGUAGUGACAUCAUCUGUUUAUGUCGUGUUUCUUUAAAUGCAUAAAUUCAUUGUGAUAAUGUUAUAUCAUUUUGAUUGCUGAUAAUUCUUCACAGGUCAGAACGAAAGUAUUCACUGAAAGUCAUGGUAUCGAGAGACGUAUAAAUGGUACAAAGGCUACACGAUUUGUUUACGUCCUAACAGACGGCAUGUCUACGAACAAGACAAAUACUAAAGCUGAAGCAUUGAAAUUGAAACAUGAAGUAGAUGCAAUUGCUGUCAUCGGAGUUGGAAAUGAAGUUUUACAUCAAGAACUUUUGGACAUUGCUUCCGAUCCAUCGUUUGUUUACUCUGUGAACAAUUUCAACUCUUUGUACACCGUUCUCAGGCAGCUGGUUCAGUUGUGUGAUGAAUGUGAGACAAGUAUGGCGACUGAUGUAGCUAUCUUUUUAGAUUCAUCCUAUUAUAUAACAACAGACCAGUUCAAUUUAAUGGUAGACGCCAUUAUGCAUAUAAUUGACGCUAUGAAUCAUUUAAACUUAAAUGGUACACAUGUUAGUGUGACUACAUUUUCUAAUGACAUCAAAAGUAUUAUGAAUAUGGGAGAGACGUUCAACAAAAAUGUCAUUAAAAGUAAGGUUAACAUGGUCUCAAAGUCGCCUGAUGAACAUCAAGAAUUACAUCUUGAAACCGUUUUUGCAUAUGUCAGGGAUAAAAUUUUCAACAAUACAUUUUCAUUGAGGAUUGCAAAGAAAUUUCUCCUAAUUUUCACUAAUGGUAAAGCUCAUGUGAACAGCAAAAGCACCUUUGAAAGUGAGAAAUCUAUACUGGAAGCCGACGGAGUAAAUAUUGUGGCCGUUGGUAGUGGAGAAGAUAUUGACAUGAACGGGUUAAUCAAGAUUGUAACAGAUACGUUUAAUGUUUUUGUUACUACUCAUGACUUGCCAAUGAACAAUCUAGACAUUCUGCAAUCUGAAUUUGUUAACAGCAAAUGCAAUAUUACAGGGGAAUGAAGUAUUCAUUGAUCUCCUAGUCAAUGUCGAUUGAGAAAAUGAGAGCUUUUUAAAAAACUAUAUUCAUAGAUCAAGAUAGAUAUAUUAAAGCGAUAAACGUAAAUUUGAUUCAGUCAACUCGUUUGUAUUGUUCACAAUUAUUGUAAGGAUUUCAAUCUUUUCUAGUGUUUAAAAUUUUGAACUGCUCAUUAUCAUUGUAAGGAUUUCAAUCUGAAGCUGUUCUUUGUUAUAGUUAAAAUUACCCUAUUACAUAAAAAGGUAAUGUACAUAAUACCUCGGUAUUACAUAAUUCAGCUGAUGUUAAUUUGUUCACGCAAAUAUUGAGAAAUUGGGUAUAGAAAUGAUAAUGUGUAUACCUAAGCUCAGUCUGGAUUCCGGUGUCUAUACAUAAAUUAAGUCUAUUUGAUGAAUAAGUAGCUCCAGGAAGUUUAAAUUAUGGAUGGAGGAGUAUAGUUCUGCAGAUGAUUUGUCCAUUGAAAAUGUAUGUUACAUGUUUUGAAAGAAAGUAUUUGGGGUAAAAAGACACUGCACAAGAUGAUUGUAUAGAUGGUGAUAAUGACUUUUCUAUUUUAAGAAUGAACUAUAUUAUAAUAUCAUAAAGUACUGAUUAAAUUUCGUACAAGCAAAUGAAACUAAAUACAAAAAAUCUGAUAAUAUUUAUGCAUGAUGCAUGCAUGCAACAAAUUUUGGUAAUAGUAAUAUAUUUUUGUCUUAAGUUAAACAAAGGUCACAUGAUCAGCUUAAGAAUUUGAACGAAAGAUAAGAUAAUUCGAGCAAAGUAUAAUUUUAUCGAACUAUUUAUAAUUUAUGUUUCAAUCAUGCUAAGAACUCAUUACAAUAAUUAUAUAAAAUAGUAAAUUUUGUAAAUCUUUGCUUCAGUUUUGCCCCCAAAAACUUCAAAUAAAAGUAGAUCGAUGGUCAAGACCGGCGACUUAAUCAGAAAAUAAAUGAAAGAUCAUGUAAUUUGUAUAAUGUCUUAGAAGACGAGUAUCAUUUUCACAUAUAAUUAAUUCACUUUAUGAGACAUAAAUAUAUUUUAUCAAAUAUUAGCGAAGACCAGAUAUGUACAAAUUUAUAGACUAAAUCAAUAACGAAAGCCAAAUUAAUUGUAAGAAUGCUUGGCACUUUCCAAUUCAAUUCUUUCAAAAUAUUGUAAAGUAAUUGAAAAGGCUUUAGAAAUAUUUAUUAUUUUCAUUUUUUAUAUUUUUUUCAACUUUGCAAUGUCACUUUAUCGUAUAAUACUGUUGUAUUUAUAAUGGGAACAUGUAUUAAUGUUGUAUUGUGUUACGGUGUAUUCAUGUUAACAUAUAUGCAUAUAUGCAUAUAACAUAUAUGCCUGUUUAGGUUAGUAUUUACAAAUGUAAUAAGUCAAGACAACCCAAUUACCAACUUAAUUUAAAAAAGGCUUACUUACAUGAUUAAAAACAGUUAAUAUGUU